UCCCAGUCCUUCCAUGUGAUGGGACAAUCAGUUAAGGGAUGACUCUUACUCAAUUACUGACUCGCUAUUUUUGGACAUAAAAGGCAUAUUAAAAUGCAGGUGAGGAGCAUCAACGUAAUAGCCUUGCAAUGAUCUUCUCAAUUAUGAUAAUACCAGGGCGGUGGAAAUAUUUUAUAGGGAAAGACAGAGGAGGCUGAGACCUUUUCAUCCCCAAGAAGCUGCAGGAGCAAGAACACAUCAUGAAACUUCUCAUCUGCAUUGUGCUCACCAUUGUCUCCCUGGAACUGGUCUGCUCGCUCCAGUGCUACACAUGUCUGACCCCCACUUCAAGUGACCAAUGCUUAACGAAGAAGAACUGCACGCGGAGUCAAAACUGGUGUGCGUCCACUAUCUACGGCCCGACGACAUCCGGUUAUCCAUUCACGGGAAGUCGUUACGUGGUCAGAAGCUGCGCUGAGAAAUGUCAGUCCACCAAUCCUAACUACUUGGGGGUGACACACCCGGUUUUCUGCUGCAAAGAAGAUCUGUGCAACACGGUAAACGAUACUAGUGUGGCAAACGGAUUAAUGGAGACGAAGACGAGCUACUACACAAUCCCUGCCGCCAUCUACUCCAUCUUCACGGCCCACCGACUGAUAUCAUGAUUUAAGGGCAAAUGGACAUCGUAGUCUCAGUGCCUUGGAUGAACUUUGAUCUAAACCAUCUGGAGGCCCACACUUGGAGUGUAUUUCAUAAUGACUAUGGGGUCUGUUUGAAGAUCCUGAGAGAGGGCCCAGCAAUGGACUGCUUCCUGUCUCACAGCCUUUGUGCUUGCUUGUAGCCACCACUAGAGGGAGCUCACUGCAUCAAUACUAUCUGUACAUGCAGAGAGCUCCCCCUAGUGGCGGCUGUUAUCAUUCAGCUCUAUGACUGUGUCAAGGAAAGUGAGGAAUAUGGUAAAGACAUUAUUUGUAAUAAAGAGUUUUUGCUA